CCGAGCACCCCCGUCGCCCGUCCGCCGCGUCGCCGCCAGACCGCCACAGCUUCAAUCCUUCGGUCCACUAUCGCACAAGUACAAAUUUCAGCUUCUCUGAUGGCAGCAAAAAGCACAAGGCCUACCCGAUUUUGAUGGCAGCUUCUGUGAAAGCUACCCACUUCCUGCAGCUAAAGAUUAACCAGGGCCACCAUCCCCUUUUCACCCACUCUCGAGAAAGGAUCAGGGUUUCUCCCAAACUACUGCGGCCAGUCAUGGCCGCUCUCAGCACCACCGCAGCUGCAGGCCUAUCUGAAACUUUCGUCAGACUCAAGCAACAAGGCAAAGUGGCAUUGAUUCCAUAUAUAACUGCUGGUGAUCCUGACCUAUCAGUAACUGCAGAAGCACUUAAAGUUCUUGAUUCUUGUGGUUCAGACAUAAUUGAGCUUGGAGUUCCUUAUUCUGAUCCUCUAGCUGAUGGGCCAGUUAUACAGGCUGCUGCUACUCGUUCACUGCAGAGAGGAACCAAUUUUGACAAAAUAAUCUCAAUGUUAAAAGACGUUGUUCCUCAAUUAUCCUGCCCAAUUUGCUUGUUCACCUAUUAUAACCCUAUUCUUAAGCGCGGGAUUGAAAAGUUCUUGGACACUGCUAAAGAUGCUGGAGUACAUGGGCUAGUGGUUCCGGAUGUCCCUCUUGAGGAAACUGAGAUUUUGAGAAAGGAAGCUUCUAAGAAAAAGAUUGAAUUGGUGUUGCUCACAACGCCAACCACCCCAACAGCUAGGAUGAAAACAAUCGUCGAAUCUUCUGAGGGGUUUGUGUACCUUGUAAGCUCAGUUGGAGUUACUGGAACUCGUGAAUCUGUUAGUAACGCGGUUCAGUCCCUUUUGAAGGAAAUUAAAGAGGCAACAUCCAAACCAGUAGCAGUUGGUUUCGGCAUAUCAAAACCCGAGCAUGUGAAGCAGGUCGCGGAAUGGGGAGCCGAUGGAGUAAUUGUUGGCAGCGCAAUGGUUAGAAUACUGGGCGAAGCCAAAUCGCCCGAAGAAGGACUCAAAGAGCUGAAAGUCUUCGCAACAUCCCUAAAAUCUGCACUUUCGUGAUUUUACUGCACCGGAUUGGUGGAAUCGAGCCAGGUUCUAUAGUUUGGUAAUAUAUGUUUUUAUAUUGACUAUUGCUGUGCCAAUAUUUAAACCAAGAUAACUCUGGUUAAAAAAUACAUUAAUUUUUCUUUACGGAGUACUCCCUCCGUCCCCCUGUAUUUGUCCAGAUUUGACUUUUGGAACUGUUCAUCUAAGCACUUUGACUCAUCAAAUGCUCUCAAUGUGUAAGCCUAAAUAUAGUCAUGUGUGAUCU